CGAACCCGGCGCUGCGGGGAUUUUUGGGGUCCGCACUGCCACCGGUGAUGGUCCCACGGAGCUGAGUUCCGAUUUCUGUUCUCUUUUGUGUUUUCAGGCAGUGAAGGGCCGGGAGGAGCAGACCUUCCCCUAGAGGCACAGAUCGCCGGAUAUCGGAUUCUGCCCGCCCCGGGAGCGCUCCUGGCUCGCCCAUGGCUAGCAACAACACUGCUAGCAUAGCACAAGCCCGCAAGCUGGUGGAGCAGCUGAAGAUGGAAGCCAACAUCGACAGGAUAAAGGUGUCCAAAGCAGCAGCAGAUCUGAUGGCAUACUGCGAAGCCCACGCCAAGGAGGACCCGCUAUUGACCCCCGUCCCAGCCUCAGAAAACCCYUUUAGAGAGAAGAAGUUCUUCUGUGUGAUCCUGUAAACCCUGGAGGAGCCUGACAGGCACUCAGGCCACCCUGAACACUGAUGUAGAGUUUUUAGGAAUGGGGACGACCUGCUGGUCCGCAGAAUUUAAACAAAAAUAAGUAAAAAACACGGCCUGGAAGCUACAGAGAUGUGCAUGUUUAAAAGAACCUGGCCACCUUUGGGGGAAUCAGAUGAUCUGCAUUGCGAGGCAAAAGAUCUGAAGUCUGUAGAGUUGCCUAGAAAGAGAAAAACAAAACAAAAAAAAAUUAAUCAUGUAAAGAAUAAAUCURUGUCACUUUUCUGCUCACAAAAUUGUUUGAUUGUUCCAUAUUUAAAGCACCAGAGCUGUGCUGAGCAAAGUUACCUGCUAAGGGUGUGUAUAACCUUCUCGGAAUGAUGUUGUUGGUUUCUUUCCAAGCUAAUAUUUUUGAUUUAAGCUGUCAGCUGUAUAGAGACAGGUGAGGUGGCUGUGCUGUUACUCAGUGUUUGGUCUUGUGCUUUUUCAUUCCUGGCUGUAGCGUAGCAGUGGGACCGAGGGGACAGCACCCUCCUGUCCCCCUCGUGCUGGCARCUCCCAGCAAACCCCACUUUUUACCAUUCUCUCUAUGGUUAGCUUCGGUUCUGCGAGUAAAAGUGAUUCCUGUGUCGUGCUUGGUGCUUCCUUACCCCCGUGAUGACAUUCAGUGGUAGUGCAUGAGAGUUCAAUUCCGUUCAUCUGCUCCAGACUUUUCUUUUCUAGCGUUYGGCACCACGUGCUGGUGGAAGGGAGGGGACAGAGGCCAUUCUGAAAGCAGAGAGAGCUCCUGAGAUGCCUUAGAUGUGCCUGAAACACCUCCUGCAACAGGGCAGGUGCCAGCCCGGGGGCAGGGGGAGCCAGAAAUCCGAAAAUCAAAGCCGACCGCUUCUUUCCRGGUCUUUCCUUUCUCCUACACCUCUGUGCCUGUGCCCUCCUCGCUUGGUCCCGCUCCUUCCYGGUUCCUGGGAGCACUUCCUUCCCUUGGGGCUGCUCUGGAAUGUUGCUCCGUGCUGGGAUGUUGUUUAGUGCUGGGAUGCUGCUUUGUUGUGGGAUGCUGCUCCACCGUGGGAUGCUGGUCCAUUGUGGGAUGCUGGUCCAUUGUGGGAUGCUGCUUUAUGGUGGGAUGUGGCUCCACCAUGGGAUGUUGCUUUAUGGUGGGGUGCUGCUCCUUUAUGGAAUGCUGCUCCACUGUGGGAUACUGCUCCACUGUGGGAUUCUGCUCCAUGGUGGGAUGCUGCUCCCCCAUGGGGUGCUGCUCUCUCAUGGGAUGCUGUUCCACUAUGGGAUUCAGCUCCAUAGUAGGUUGCUGCUCCAUUAUGGGAUGCUGUUCCACUAUGGGAUUCUACUCCGUGGUGGGAUGCUGCUCCCCCAUGGAUGCUGCCCCAUAGUAGGAUGCUGGUACCCCAUGGGAUGCUGCUCCUCCAUGGGAUGCUGU